CAUUGUGUCCGCUCACUCAUGUCCUGAUAUAACAGUUAAUCCAACAGACCAUUGGCCAACGCAGUACACUAAUGAAGUAGACGCAUGUGGACAGACGUCAUAUAAAUUCAGUCGUGAAGACGAAGAUGCAAUGCAAACUUUGUACGAGUAUUCUGAUGUGGAUGUAAAUUUUGUGGAUGAAGGACAAGUGGGCCAGUCAUGCGGGCUUGGAAGAGGAUGUAUCUCAUGUGAAAAACCAAGUAUGAGUAAAUCGACCUGGGAUUGGUGUGCCACACGUAUCAUGUCUCCUAGAUUGGCACUUCGACUGAAACGUUUAGCAGUACUUGUCAAAACAGACAUCUUAUUAAAAGGUGGACAGAUAAAAAUUUUAAAGGCAUUCAGUGAUCAAAGUAUAGAUUUAUACAAUGAUGGAAGAGCUAUACAGUUGACGUAUAUCAGAAACGGAAAACAAGGGGACGCAGAUCAAAUGAAACAAUUAGCUGCCUUGUCUGUCUGCUCCGGUUUUGAUUUCAUCAAAUUUCCAUCAACGCAUAUAGAAGCUUUUGUCAAAGAACAAUCUGGAUAUCGUACAACUUUGAAUCAAUUUCCGAGUGGAACAGUUAUGAUAUCAGUUAAUCCACCUUUAGAAAAUCCAAACGAGUUUUCUUAUCCUGAAAGCCUCCAACACGAAAGCAAAAAACCAGCACUCAUUAGAUCAUUGAGCGAUUCAACUCCCUUAUCAAAACAUUUUAGAAUUGGGGAUUUUAAAGAUAGCUCCACUUCAUAUUUACGUAUCGACUCAACUCUGGUGGAAUGUAUAGAUAUGGUGAAGGACUCGUUAAAACAAGAAAUUGAUGUUCUCAAAGCGUACACUACACAAUCUACAAAUAAGGAAAUGAACAGCGAAUGGACACAGGAACAACUAGAUCGGUUUCAGAUGGGACAAGCUGUAGUGAUUCAGCAUGAAGAACAGACCAUUGAAAGUACCACGGAACUGACAAAGUUACUGAUGAGUACAUGUACACCAGCACUCAGAUUACAAAGACGUGGUCUGUCUUUAUCUAUUCGAAAAGAUGGAAUAUGUAGUAAACAAUCGAAGUUGCGUGGUGGCAAAUACUGUGUUUAUGUUGGUUUAUACCCCCUGGAAAGAAGUGAAGAGAAGCAAUAUGUAAAGAUAAGUACUAGCGUGAAACUAAUGGAGACAGUUAAUGAGCUGUGGACAAAAGUUUGGGAGAAUAUUAAAGAAUAUAGAUCUGAAUUGAUAUCAGGUGGUCCACAGAUAAUACCAUAUAAUGUUGAGGACGUGUGUAAACCUUCUGAACUUGGGAAGGGAAACGAAUUCUUGUCAUUUCAACUGCACCAUUUUGGAUUCUGUCUGAACUUUAAACAAAAAGAGCGAUGUGAAAGAAGCCUGGAGGCAAGGCAAGCAGAAGCUCUAAAAUUGUGGACACAGAUGUCAUCGACUGCAAGUAAAAAUACUCUGCCAACGUCCGAGAUGAAACAAGCAAUAUUUGGAUGCUUAGUGGAAGUAUGUGGAGGCUGUUCAGGCUCAGGAAGUAAAUGGGACAAGAAGGUAAAGGCAUGUGUUGAGCUCGUUAGCAAAUAUAUCUCGCAUACUAGAAAACCCCUGGUUAAGAAAACUGACAAAAUAUCAGUUUUUAAUACGGAGAAUAUUCCAUCAGCAGCACAUGGCUUGGCUUGUAAUGAGGGUUUCAAAUGCGUGGAAAAUGUUCAGUUGUACAGCAUGUUUCAAACAACUAUUAAUUCAAAAUACAAACCGGAACCUAACAAUUCAAUAGAGGAAGCUUUGUUUGAUGGCCACGAUAACCCCAGUCCAUUGUUAGAAAUAGUUGAACAAUUCGUGGCAAAACAAGCGGCAGGAAAUGUGUCAGUCUACAUUGAAAGUAUAAGGGAUAUUUCAGCGCUUCGGAAUAUUCUUAAGGUAUUAAUGAUUUAUAACAGAGAUAUAGAAUUGGUUACCUUUCAUAUUCUAAAAGGCGUAAGGAAAGAUAAGUUAGCCACUGCCAUCCAACGGAAAAUUGAGACAUGGGCCGGAAGUGCAUGUCCAAUAUGGAGUCGGUUUGCUGCUGUUCCUUACAAAAUAGAAGAUGUUCAUCCGUCCCGAGUAGCACGCAGUAUAGAGGACGGAAGGCAUCGAAACAAAAUGAAAGAGAAACAGAGAAACUGGGAAAUCGAUUGGAUAAUGAUGACUUAAUAUCAAUUGUUUUUAUCAGACUGUCAAUUUCUUUGAUGUCUAAAAACAAGAAAUAUUUUUGCAUGC